GUCGUGUAUAUCUUUUCGUGAAUGGAUUGAGAAGUAUUUUACUUUCCGCAAUGUCGAUUUGGAUCUACGCAGGAGCUAUUUUGUUCCUGCAAACAAUUCGCCAAAUCCAAGGUUUCGAUCUGAUUCGACUCACGAACUUUGAGUCCGAGGAUGGAAGUUAUAUUGUGGAAGCCCAUUACAACCAGAAAUGGCAUACAAUAUGUGGUCCAUACUGGUAUACAGCCAACGCACGUGUUGUUUGCAGACAAGUAGGACAACCAUCAACUCGAUGUGUAGCAGAAUUUCGAUCCAUCCAAGAUAUUCCCGAGGAGUCUAAAUCCAUACAGCAUUGGAAUUAUCAUUGUCUUGGAAAUGAAACAGCUCUACAUAAAUGUCCUUAUCAUUUUGACAAAGAUAUUCCUUUAGGGAGCUGUGGCAAUCUGCCUCGUUUUGCAGUCAUUUGUGGAUCACAAUGUCCGACAUGGCGCUAUGGUAACGACUGCCUUCCAUGCUUUUGUAAUCAGAACAACACUGAGAAAUGCGAUAGUGAUACAGGAAAAUGCACGUGCAAAGCCGGGUUUUCUGGAGAAACAUGUGACUGUCUGACUGGAAAGCACACAUGUGAUUCCAAAACCUCCAUUUGUCAUUUGGACAAUGGAAAACCAAUAUGUCUUUGUAAAAAGGGGGUAUCAGCAACACCCCGGAAUAAAUGUAAAGAUUUUGGCCUGCGGUUUAUGGAUAGGUCCGCUGUGGAUAAAGGAGAGGUGGAGUUUUACAGUAAUGGGACCUGGAAUCCCUUGUGUCUAUGGUACUCUAAUCCUUCAGGGAAAAAUGUUUUCGGCGUACUUAACGUUAUCUGCAGACAGCUUGGACUACCAGUGGUACAUACCGGUUCAUAUUACUCCGCAUUUAUUCACAAAAGUAAUCUGCCUGAUUACGAAAUAGCUGAGGCUUCAUGUGACGGUACAGAGACUUCUAUGAAAGACUGUAACAUAACCAUGGCGCCUGCAUUAAAGUGUAACCUAGCUCUAAAGCCUGUUGGGAUUCAAUGCUUUGGAGCCUGUCCAGAGUGGAGAUAUGGAAAAGAUUGCACAUUUUGUUCAUGCAACAGAACAAAUACAGAAAGUUGUAAUUCAACCACGGGAGUUUGUAAAUGUAAAGCAGGCUACACUGGCGCCACCUGUGAUUGCCAAAAGGGAAAUAAUCCAUGUAAUAACACAGUAUCAGAAUGUCAUGCAGAAUCAGGGACACCAGUGUGUCUUUGUAAAACCAAUUUUAUUGGAAAAAAGAAUUACAGUUGUACAGAUCCCAUACGGUUAGCAAAUCAAUCAACAACUGUAACAAGUAAUGGAAAGAAAAUCUACGCCGGAAGAGUGGAGCUUUACGUUAACGGUAGUUGGGGAACAGUUUGUGAUGACAACGCCUUUCCCGGAACUAAAAUGACCAAGGUCAUGUGUAGAAGCCUUGGUCUGCCAAGCACUUACACAGAUUUUCGUAAAGAGGCAUAUUAUGGCCCGGGCAGCGGCCCAAUCCAUUACGGAUCUAUACAGUGUGCUGGUACAGAGGAGAGAAUAUCCCAGUGUUACACCUCCUCUACCGCGUAUUGUAACCAUUUUGAAGAUCUUGGACUCAUUUGUGGCGAAGAAUGUCCAGCAUUUACAUUUGGAAGUGAUUGCAUAAAUUGCCAAUGUGUUCAGUCGAACACUCUCUCCUGUGAUAAAACAUCCGGGGAAUGUAAGUGUAAGGCUGGGUUUGAGGGCCAAACUUGCUCCUGUUCUAAAGGAAAUCACACGUGUGAUCUGAAAACAUCCUUCUGUGAAAAUGGUACAUGUUACUGCAAAUAUGGAAACAAAGCAACGUCAUCUUGUGUUGAGAGGCUUCGAUUGGACAAAGCAAACAAUACAUUACAGUAUCAUAAAGACAACAAGUGGAAUUAUGUUUGUCAUGAUUUGACGGGAUUUUCAACUGACCGUGUCCUUUGUCGAGCAAUGAACCUACCCUCACGCGUAAUAAGCCUGAAGGAAGUCUACACUGCACCGAAGGGUUACAAGUUUAAGAUAGAUGAACGAUGUAGGACUCCACUUACCUCUCCCAGAGCGGAAUGUCUGAAAUUUGAGGAUAGUCCCUCUAUAUGUGACAACGGGAUCGUGCAACUUCAGUGUUUAUCAGAAUGCCCUGACUGGUCCUACUUCAGCAAAAACGAAUGCUAUGACUGUCCCUGUAAUGUAACAAACACAGAACGAUGUGACAAGAGAUCCGGAAAAUGUAUCUGUAAAUCUGGUUAUGAAGGGGAUCUCUGCAAUUGUAAGACAAAUACCUGUAACAUUGAUGUGGCAUUUUGUCAAGUCAACGAAAACGGUACAAGCUGCCUAUGUAAACCUGGCUACGAAAACCGAGGAUUCAAUUGCCAAGAUUCUUUGAGGCUAAAUUCGACAAGAAAUCUGACAUCAAGUUUUAAAAACGUGGAAUACAAAAUAGGAAAUUCCUGGAUAUCUGGCUAUGAUCCACGGUACUCUACUCCACAGUAUUAUGGCAUUUGUGAACGACUGGGACUACCCACGUUCUACAAUAAAAUGUCGUCAUAUGCAGUUCCUCCUGAUACCGAAUUAGUUGAUUCUACGUGUAUGAAAGACGAGUUUUCUCGUCUUAGUCUCAAUUACACCAAGUGUGAUAUAAAAGAGGAGGAUAACUAUUUCUUCUAUCUACCUCGAGCAAAAGCUGAAACAGCUACAUGUUUAAGCG